AUGGGCAUAAGUAGCUUGAAAUUGCUGAAGUAUAUCCUGUUUUUCUUCAACUUGUUCUUUUGGCUCUGUGGCUGCUGCAUUUUGGGAUUUGGGAUCUACCUCCUGAUUCACAACAAAUUUGGGGUGCUCUUCCACAACCUCCCUUUCCUCACAUUGGGCAAUGUGCUCGUCAUCGUGGGAUCCAUUAUAGUGGUGGUUGCCUUCAUGGGUUGCAUGGGCUCCAUCAAGGAGAAUAAGUGCCUGCUUAUGUCGUUCUUUGUCCUGCUGCUGAUUAUCCUCCUUACUGAGGUGACCUUGGCCAUCCUGCUCUUUAUGUAUGAAAAGAAGCUGAGUGACUAUGUGUCUGAGGGCCUGAGUGACAGCAUACUGCGCUACAACUCGGAUAACAGCACCAAGGCAGCAUGGGACUCCAUCCAGUCAUUUCUGCAAUGUUGUGGUGUAAAUGGCACAAGUGAUUGGACCAGUGAACCACCAAAAUCUUGCCCCUCAGACCCACAAGUUAAGGGUUGCUAUGUGAAAGCAAAAACGUGGUUUCACUCCAAUUUCCUGUAUAUUGGAAUAAUCACUAUCUGUGUAUGUGUGAUCCAGGUGCUGGGGAUGUCCUUUGCACUCACCCUGAACUGCCAGAUUGAUAAGACCAGUCAGGUCCUAGGGCUGUGA